GAGGAUUUAAAUAAAAUAGAAACUGAAACUAUAAUGCUUACAAAGUAUUCUAACUCACUUAUGCUAAAAGAUAGUGAUAGUCAUAAUCAUUCAUUAAAUGAAGCCGUUAUUGCUAAAGAUAGUAAUAGCCAUAAUCAUUCAUUAAAUGAAGCUGUUGUUAAAGAUAGUAAUAGUCAUAAUCAUUCAUUAAAUGAAGCUGUUGCUAAAUAUAUGCUGAAAGAUAGUAAUAGUCAUAAUCAUUCAUUAAAUAAAGAUGAUACUAAUAAACUAAUGCAACAAUUAAGCAGUGUGUUAGGUGAAGCCAUUGCUACUGAUUCAUUAAAUGAAUAUGAUAAAAACCAUAUACAACAAUCAAUCAUAAUAUUAGAUGAAUCCAUUGCUAAAUUAAUGGAUAUCGAUAACAAUAACUUUCCAUUAAAUAAAGAUGAUAUAGAACAAAUAAAACAAUCAAUCAAAAUAUCUGAAAAAAACAUUGAAGCCACUGCCAGAUCAAAAAAAUUAGGCAAUAACAUAAUCAGAAUAUUUGAAAGCUCCAUUCAAAUCAUUACUAGAUCAAUAGAAUUUGGUGAUAUCACCACAUCAUCAUUUGAAAAAAUUCAUGUGAUUGAUUCUGAUAAAGAUUCUAAUGAUGAUAGUAAUGGAAAAUGUAUUGAAAAGAUUGAUGAAAUUGAUGGGACUAAUGAGUAUGAUAAAUUGA